AUAAAUUUUUGAGACUUAGGGGCCGUGGACGACUCCUUGGUCCCAAGCACCCUGCCAGUCAGAGCAGCCAGCCAAGAGGAAAAGAAAAAAAAAAAAACACCCGCUGUCCAUCUGGAAGCUAAAUUAAGGGCGGCAGAAGAAAAAGGGAUGAGAAAUAAGAAAGGAAAGGGAAAAUUAUCGGAGAGAUUUCUCUCUCUUUUACUUUCGAAUUUGCUCAGGGGAGAGUGUAUUUUUGGAGGAUGACCUAAAGUUCUAGUUUCUUCCAAUAUUUCACUGCUUGGUGAAUGAUCUGUAUGUCUACCUGGAGAAACCUGAAGGCUGGUACUUGUGCUUUGGGAUUGCAGUGAUCGAUUCACUCGAGAACCUUGAGGUGUGGGAGUCCCUCGAAAAGAUCUCAAAAAAUGGAACUUAUCAUUUUUGUGGUAUUCCUUCAUCAUUUGGUUGAUUAACAUGGUACGAGAGCUCAGAUGGUAUUGGAGCUUACUUCAUGAUCUCGCUUUAAUCCACGUAUCAGCCCUUGCUCCAGGUUGCAUCCAUCGGGCUCUACACAUAAGAUUGGAUAUUGAGAAAUAGUCCCAUAUCAAAAGAGAAUCCAGUCUUGCAUCGACGGGUGCCUGACAUUGACUUCUGACUGAUAUGAUAGAUGACGGUCGACAUAGAGAAUACGGAAGACACAAGCCGGAUCAAUUCAAAUUGGUUCACACUGAGGGGAUGCAACGCAUAUCAUGCUGCUGUCUGCUUUUGUUAGUGUUAAUUGCCUAACCAAUUAACACUUGAAUAUGAUGAGCAAACCUUGUCUUGUUGAUGUAGUUGUUAUCAAUUCCUACUUCACUAUAAGCUUUAAUGCAAGUGGAUGAUGCCACAACAUCAGAUGAAGGACCAUCAAACUAUGAAGCUCAUGGCCAUCAUGGCUGAGCGGGACAGUGCUAUCCAUGAACGCAACCUGGCCAUCUCUGAGAAAAAAGCUGCUUUGGCUGAGCGAGAUAUGGCAAUCCUCCAACGUGAUGCUGCAAUCAUGGAGCGAAAUAAUGCCAUCAUGGGACGUGACAAUGCUAUUGCUGCUCUUCAAUGUGCCCGAGAGAAUGGUGUGAAUGGUAAUGGUGGAAAUGGAUGUUCUCCUGGUUGCACUACUCUGACAAAGCAUCAUGACCACCUUCCACAUGUUCAUCCCUCACCCCUACAAUUGUCAGAUGCUCCAUAUGAUCAUGAAAGACAGAUGCAUAUUACUGAGGCAUGUCCAAUUUCAAGUGUGGUAGAUAGUGUUUCAAAAAGACACAAAACUAAACGGAUGAGGAAGGAGAAUGGAGUCCAAGCCAUGCCAACCAAGAAAUCAUCCAAGUCACAAAAGAAGAGCAAGAGGAAUGGUAGUGAUGAUCUUAGCAAGCAGGUUAGUAUUUCAAAGUUCCAUGGUGAGUGGAAGGGUCAGGGACAGGUUGGCAGUGGGGGGGAUUUGAACAAGGUCUCCAUGCCAAAGCACCAGUGGAAGGGUCAAGACCUGGGAUUAAACCAGGUCUCAUUCGAUGAGUCAACCAUGCCAGUCCCUGUAUGCUCGUGCACAGGAAAGUUCCACCCAUGCUACAAGUGGGGGAAUGGUGGGUGGCAGUCCUCAUGCUGCACCACAACACUGUCUGUGUAUCCACUUCCGGUGAUGCCGAAUAAGCGCCAUGCUCGUGUUGGAGGACGGAAGAUGAGUGGUGGUGCUUUCAUUAAGCUGCUCAGCCGGCUGGCAGCAGAGGGGCAUGAUCUGUCAAUGCCGGUGGAUCUUAAGGACCAUUGGGCUAAGCAUGGGACAAAUCGCUACAUCACCAUUAAGUGAUGUAGAAGCUUUGAUGUGCUACUUAAGUAGCUACCAUAGGUCAAAUAGGACCAGCCCUAAUGACUGAAAGCCUGUGUUUUGUUCUUUCGGAGGAAGAUGAUUCCACAGAAAUGUUAGCUUUCUCCACUUAUGUACCUUUUGGAUGUGAAUAUUUUGUUUUUCACUACCCUGAAUAGUGAGGCUUAAGAAUGGAAAUUGAUUCCUAGAGGGUGGAAGGUAUGCUUUGAAGUAGGCCAAUUGUAUAAAACUGAUCUUGUAACACCCUGAUUAGCAAAAUUGUUUGCUCACUUCAUGAGGUAAUAUUUAGCUGGACCAGUUGAACAGU